AUGCCUGCACCAGCACCGGUUCGCGUCAUCGUCAAGCUCCCUUACAACCGACCAGAGAAUGCCCCAAGCGACCCCCCAAAGAUAGAGUGGACACCAGAGAAAGCCGAUAUUCUAUGGAAGGUCAUUGAAAUUCAGAGAGCCCGUUCAGUGGACAGUGCUGGUGCCGACUGGAAGGGCCUGGCAGCACACCUGGAAGUACCACUGCCCUAUCUCCUCUAUCGAGUCAAUGCACGAUUCCAAGAAGAGAUCCGCGGGUUGAAAGACAUCCAAGGUGCACUUAGCCCUUCAUCCGCACAACCACCCAAAGGCUACUUCCCUGCUGGCGAGAAGCCCCAAAGCGUGGCCACUCGAAUGGUCGGAAGCGAUCAGAUGUCAUCAUCAAGACUUGUCUCCCCUCUGGGUGUCCGUGCACGACUCAGCUCUCUAGGAAACGCGCCACGACCCAAGAAGGCGACUUCUUCGUCGACGCUCACCCUUCAGCCUGCACGAAAGACUUUCGCACCACUCAGGCCUACGUCUCCAUCAUCUUCUGUAGAUGACGGCACGGACUCCAGUGACGAACAGGCGCUGAAGGAGGAGGAAGCGGAAAGAAAUGCAGAGGAAGACGAGGCUUUGGAGCGUAAAUUGGCACAGCUACAGAAAAUGAUGACCAACGAUGCAUUAGGGCUUGUCAGCGGUACCCGUUCAACAGCACAGGCGAAGGCGAAAGAUCGCGGACGUUCCGCACCGCUAUCUCCACGUUCCAUUGGAAGCUCGAGGCAGGGCACCCUGUCCAGCCGAAGCGCCAGCCAAAGUGUCUCUGGCGCGAGCUCGCCGCAAGGUUCCAUCCCCGAGAUCCCGUCUCCUUCAUCUGGCUCGCAGCCACGCUCGCCCAUGGGAUGGAAUAUGCCAGCACAAACAGCUGGCCCUGGCCCUGCUACGCGAAACCUUGUUGGACAGGGACCCCGUCCACGUGAUAGACCUUUGGUCGACAGAGCGGGCGAUUUAUCGAGCGGUCAAGGGUCGGAAGCCUCGAGUUUCAGUGAUCUCAGUGACGCAAGCCUAUCAGCAUCUGCGCUCGAAAGUGCGCUCAUGUCGAAUAUCAACAACCAGGGCUCGCAUUUCUCGCAAUUUACCCGCAGUCGAGGUUCUGCCCGAGUCCAUUCAACCGUCCCUCAGUAA